UCUCCUCACUUCACAUCGCAGCAGCAGUCGGAGUCGCUCGGGACUCAAACUUCGGACAAACUCGUGUUUAUUUUUUCUUAAAUUUAGUUGUAUUUUUCAGCUGUAAACAUGACUCAGGUCAACACGUGCCUCAAACGGGUCUUCACCAUCUUCAACGUGUGUUUCGCGAUUAUCGGUGGAGUCAUCAUCGGCCUCGGUCUGCUGUGUCAGGUCCUCACCACCUAUCAAAAUGUGCAGAAUCGGACCGACGCCCUCAUCAUCUUCUACGUCGUCGGCACCAUCACCAUGGUGAUCGCCAUCCUGGGAGCCUACGGAGCCCAUAAGGAGAGCAAAGUGUCCCUGGUCAUAUUCCUGGUGUGUAUGGUGGUCGGCAGUCUGCUGAUGCUGAGAGUUGGAGUCCCCUUUGCUGUCGUUCGUCCUCAGUACAAGGACAUAAUGGAGGCCAAGUUCCGGACCUUUCUGCCUCUGGAUAAGGCUUCAGGUGACGCACAGACUAUGGUCAACAGCUUGCAGAGCACGAUGCACUGCUGCGGUCUGUUCAGCUACACCGACUGGGAGGACGAAAUCCCCACCUCCUGUCUGUGUGACCCGUCCGAGGAGGAGGAGAUGGGAGCGUGUCGCAACGUCGACUACAGAAACCUCUUGCAGCAGCAGCAGAUGUCCGUCUACGCCAAGCCCUGCAUUCCCAUCAUCCUUCACUACGUCCUGCUGCUCCUCGACGUCGUGCUGGGCGUCAUCUUCUCUCUGCUCACGCUGGCGGUGCUGGGCAUGAUCCUGUCCUCCAUCAUCCUCCACCAGAUGCGUUACCCCAACAGACCCACUGUCCUGAUGACGGUGCCCACCAUCUUCACCACGCCGCCACCCAAGUACCAGGAGCUGCACAACCCCCCGAGCUACUGAGGGAGCGACACCAGCUUCCUGUUUACAGUAUCAGGAGGAGGCCAGUUUCUUUUUUAUUUCAAAGUGCCUCUGGUCUCUGAGGAGAUGCGACUGCAAACGAGAUUGUUAAUUUUCUAAUUAAAGAAUAAAAUAGCUGCAACAAGA